AAAACAUAUAUAAAAACAUGUAUUAUUAUUAGUUCUGGGACUUACCGUAUUUUUCGCUCCAUAAGACGCACCUGACCAUAAGACGCACCUAGGUUUUAGAGGCGAAAAACGAGAAAAAAAAAUAUUCUGAACCAAUGGACUGCAGACACAGUACAGGAUAUGACCAGAGACUGCGGACACAGUACAGGAGAUGACCAGAGACUGCGGACACAGUACAGGAGAUGACCAGAGACUGCGGACACAGUACAGGAGAUGGGCCAGAGACUGCGGACACAGUACAGGAGAUGGGCCAGAGACUGCGGACACAGUACAG